AUGACAAAUCUGAGCCACCCUUCUGAAUUUGUGCUCUUGGGCUUCUCCUCUUUUGGUGAGCUGCAAGUUCUGCUGUGUGGGCCUUUCCUCAUGCUUUAUCUUCUUGCCUUCCUGGGAAACACUGUCAUCAUAGUCACAGUCAUGGCCAACACCAACCUACAUACUCCCAUGUACUUCUUCCUGGGUAACUUUUCACUGCUGGAGACCUUGGUGACCAUAACUACAGUGCCUAGGAUGCUUUCAGACCUGCUGGUACCCUGCAAAGUCAUUUCCUUCAAUGGCUGCAUGGCCCAGUUCUACUUCUACUUUUCCCUGGGUUCCACCUCCUUCCUCAUCCUGUCAGACAUGGCUCUUGACCGCUUUGUGGCCAUCUGCCAUCCACUGCACUGUGGAACUUUGAUGAGCUGGGAUGUGUGUAUCCAGUUGGCAGGGGCUUCCUGGGCAGCUCCUUUCUUAGCCAUGGUGCCCACUGUCUUCUCCCAGGCUUAUCUCAGUUAUUGCCAUGACAACAUCAUUAACCACUUCUGUGACAAUGCACCUCUGCUGCAACUGUCCUGCUCAGACACCAGCCUGCAGGAAUUCUGGGACUUUGUGAUGGCCUUAGCCUUUGUCCUCAGUUCCUUCCUGGUGACCCUCAUCUCCUAUGGCUAUAUUGUGACCACUGUGCUGAGGAUCCCCUCUGCUAGAGGCCAUCAGAAGGCUUUCUCAACCUGUGGAUCCCACCUCACCCUGGUCUUCAUUGGCUACAGGUCUGGCACCAUCAUCCUUCAUGUCAGGUCUGGCAAAGAACAUUCUAUGGAAGUCAACAAGACUGUAGCCUUGGUGACAUCAGUCCUCACCCCCUUUCUCAAUAUCUUUAUCCUUACCCUCUGCAAUGAGACAGUCAAGGCAGUGCUACGGGGGCAGAUGCAGAGGCUUAAAGGCCUCCACAAGGCUCUAUGAUGAGCCUGAGGAACGUGGCCAGCUUCAGUCAAGUAGGUCUGUGAGGAGGCAGAGUACCAGACUGGGUGAGAAGACUACUAACUGAAUUUCUUUAGGGUUUUUCCUCUGUGCUUCUGUGUGGUAACUACAGUGAGUCCCCAGUGCUACCCUGUCUGACUCUCACAGGCCACCAUGGAAGCGCUCCCCAUACCCACUAGUAGCUACAAGAACUCUGAAAGUAGCUCAAAGCCUGGGGAGCCAGAGGUAAGACUUUCAAUACAAGGAAGUACAUGGGCUUUCCAUUCAAGGACAGCAGCCAAGAAGUAUUCUCCGAUCAAGAAAUAUUAUCCACUGUGUGCGUGUGUGUGUGUGUGUGUGUGUGUGUGAAAUUCCUGAAAGAUUUGGGAUGAAACAUCAGCUCCACUCUCUUUCCCUCCCAACUAUAAUCUGAAAUUUUAAAAAGUCUCCAACUACUUUGAACUCAGACUCAUGGUUUUCUCUUAGCUUUUAACUAU